AUGCGGAGACUGAAUAAUCAGGCAUACAUGCAUCCUAAAGAGGAUUUCUUGCUCACGUUCCAUGAGAGAUCUAUGGUAAAAGGAUGUACGAAUUGCGAUACUUCCUGCGAAUCCUGCUCUACUGGUGAAUAUGCAAAAUUGUUGGAAAUUGUUUAUAGAUUGCCGGUAAAGUUGAUGGUGGUUGCGAAGAAAUUUAUUAUUGCCAAGUAUUUUGAAGGCGAACCUCAGCCGAGUGAUUUGAAAUUGGUUGAAGAAGAGUUGCCGGAAAUCAGGGAUGGAGAAAUUUUGGUUGAAGCUGAAUAUUUAUCAGUUGAUCCUUACAUGAGACGAUACACGAUAAGGUACCCGUUGAAUUCAACGAUGAUUGGAGGACAAGUUGCUAAAAUAAUUGAAUCUAAAAAUGCUAACUAUCCGAUUGGCAAAAGAAUCGUUGGAAGAUUGGGGUGGAGAACGUAUACAAUCAUUAAUAUAGAUAAGAAUGAUGAUGGGAGUAAGUUGUAUUUUAAGCCAUAUCUUCUACCUGACCUUGAUGAUCUACCGGUAUCACUUGGCCUGGGAGUGCUUGGUAACACUGGGAACACAGCAUAUUUUGGAUUCACGGAAAUUUGCAUGCCAAAGACAGGAGAAACUUUGGUUGUGUCAGGAGCAGCAGGAGCUGUAGGAUCUCAUGUCGGGCAAAUUGGAAAAAUUUUGGGAAUGAAAGUAAUAGGAAUCGCUGGCAGUGAUGAAAAAUGUAAAUGGAUUACCAGCGACCUGGGAUUCGACCAUGCGAUUAAUUACAAAACUCAAGACGUAGCGACAGAGUUGAAAAAAGUUGCUCCCCAAAGAGUUGACUGUUACUUUGACAAUGUGGGUGGAGAAAUAUCGAGCGCAGUUAUUUACCAAAUGAAUCCAUAUGGGCGAGUUUCAGUGUGUGGUUCUAUCUCAGCAUACAAUGCUAAUCCUGACGCUUUGCCCAAGUGUACUAUCACUCAACCUGCUAUGGUUAUGCAGCAAUUGAAAGUAGAAGGAUUUCAGUGGCUUCGUUGGAAAGAUCGUUUGAUGGAAGGAGUAGAAAAAAAUCUCCAGUGGGUUCGAGAAGGGAAACUCAAGUAUCGCGAAACUGUAACAGAAGGAUUCGAAAAUAUGUUCGACGCAUUCUCGCAAAUGCUCCGGGGAGAGCCUCAACCGACUGAUUUAAAAUUAGUACAAGAGGAAUUACCGGCAAUUAAAGAUGGAGAGUAUCUGGUGGAAGCUGAAUAUUUAUCUGUGGACCCCUACAUGAGACGUUACACAAUGAGAUACCCAUUAAAUUCAACGAUGAUCGGUUUCCAAAUCGCUAAAAUAAUCGAGUCAAGACAUCCAGAUUAUCCUGUUGGUAAAAGGAUAAUGGCGCAUAUAGGAUGGAGAACACAUACCAUUAUCGAUGCUAACAGUACUGAAGAGGAGGGAAUGUUGAAUUUUAAACCUUAUGUUUUACCAGAUUUUGGAGAUUUGCCACCGUCACUUGCUCUUGGUAUGCUGGGAAUGCCGGGAAAUACUGCCUACUUUGGAUUUACUGAAAUUUGCAAACCGAAAACUGGAGAAACUUUAGUUGUCUCAGGAGCUGCUGGUGCUGUGGGCUCACAUGUUGGUCAAAUUGGAAAAAUUUUGGGCCUCAAAGUAAUAGGAAUCGCCGGUAGUGAUGAAAAAUGUAAAUGGAUCACCAAAGAUCUAGGAUUUGACCAUGCAAUUAAUUACAAAACACAAAAUGUAGCUGAAGAAUUAAAAAAAUUCGCCCCAGAUGGAGUCGAUUGUUAUUUUGACAAUGUGGGUGGAGAAAUAUCCAGCACAAUUAUUUACCAAAUGAAUCUUUACGGACGUGUGGCAGUAUGCGGAUCUAUUUCUGCUUACAACGCUGAACUCAAUUCACUUCCCAAGUGUACUAUAAUACAGCCGCCUAUUGUAACUCAGCAAAUAAAAUUAGAGGGAUUCAUGGUGAUGCGUUGGCUGGAUCGCUGGAUGGAAGGAAUCCAGAAGAAUCUUAAGUGGAUCCAUGAAGGCAAAUUGGUUUAUCAUGAAACUGUAACAGAGGGCUUUGAUAAAAUGUUUGAUGCCUUUGUAGGGGAACCCAAAGCAACAGAUGUUAAAAUAGUAGAAGAAGAAUUACCGCCUAUUAAAGACGGAGGUAUUUGUUUAAUAAAAAUAUUAAUUAAUAUUAAUCUACAAAUUAUGUUUAAAAAAAUUUCAGAAUAUUUGGUAGAAGCUGAAUACUUAUCGGUAGAUCCUUACAUGAGAUUCUUUAGCAACAAACUACCAUUGAAUUCAACGAUGAUCGGAGCUCAAGUUUCUAAAAUUAUUGAGUCGAAAAAUCCAGAUUAUCCUGUGGGAAGCCGAGUCGUCGGGCGUAUCGGUUGGAGGACUCACACUAUUAUUAAUUUAAAUAAUUUUUCUGAGAAUACCGUUUAUAGUAUAAAGCCUUAUCUUCUUCCUGACUUUGAAGAUCUUCCUCUGUCCCUUGCUCUAGGGGUCCUAGGACAUCCCGGAAAUACUGCAUACUUUGGAUUUAUUGAAAUUUGCAAGCCGAAAACUGGAGAAACUUUAGUUGUCUCAGGAGCUGCUGGUGCUGUGGGCUCACAUGUUGGUCAAAUUGGAAAAAUUUUGGGCCUCAAAGUAAUAGGAAUCGCCGGUAGUGAUGAAAAAUGUAACUGGAUCACUAAAGAUUUAGGAUUUGACCAUGCGAUUAAUUACAAAACGCAAAAUGUAGCUGAAGAAUUAAAAAAAUUCGCCCCAAAUGGAAUCGAUUGCUAUUUUGACAAUGUGGGUGGAGAAAUUUCAAGCGUAGUAAUGCAUCAAAUGAAUCCCUUUGGCCGAGUUUCGAUUUGCGGUUCAAUAUCAGCUUACAAUGAAGAUCCUGGCAGUUUACCUCAAUGUACAGAAGUAUUUUCAACUAUUUUGGACAAUCAAUUACAAGUUGAAGGUUUCAUUACCAUUCGCUGGAUGGACCGGUUCCGAGAAAGUUUUAAUAAAAAUUUUCAGUGGAUCCAAGAGGAAAAAUUGGUGUAUCACGAAACGGUGACUGAUGGUUUUGAUAACAUGUUUGAUGCAUUUGUUGAUAUGCUGCAUGGAAAAAAUUUAGGAAAAGCAAUUGUUAAAGUAUAA